AUGUCAAAAGAAGAGCAGGAUUUGGAUAUUCCGCUUCCCUGGGCCGAGCCCGCCUGGUUCAGAUCAUUGGAGUCACCUUACUAUAACGAAUCCCACAGAAAGCUUCACGCCUACGUCAGGCAAUAUAUCGACGAUAACAUCCGCCCGCAUAAUCUAAAGUGGGAGGAAGAUGGCGAUUGUCCGGAUGCAGCAAAAGAGAGUUACAUCAAGUCCGGGCUGGCCUUUGCAGAUAUACCCGCCCAAUACAGGCCCCCGGGAGUCGGUUUCGUAGCUGGCAUAACACCUGACAAGCUCGACGUCUUUCACACCAUGAUUAUCACAGAUGAAGUAGCCCGGAUUGAAGGGGGCGUUGGCAUUGCGCUGGCCGGAGCAAACACCAUCGGUGUGCCGCCCAUUCUUAAUCACGGCACUGAAGAGCAGAAGCGGCGAUGGCUGCCCGGGCUGUUCACGCGAAAAACCAACUUCUGUUUGGGAAUCACAGAGGCGAGUGGUGGCAGCGAUGUUGGCAAUAUCCACACCAAAGCAGUCAAAAGCACAGAUGGGAGUCACUUCACCGUCACAGGCACGAAAAAAUGGAUCACAGGAUCACAGUGGGCCACACACAUGACGACAGCCGUCCGGACCGGAGGACCAGGAAUCGGUGGAAUCUCAUUGCUCGUCGUACCUCUUCGUUCAGAAGGGGUUGAGAUUGAGAAAAUACACAAUAGUGGCCAGAACGCUGGCGGGUCCAGCUGGGUGCGCAUGCACAACGUCCGCGUCCCUGUUGAGAAUCUCCUAGGCUCGGAGAAUGCAGGGUUCAAAUACAUAAUGACGAACUUCAACAAGGAACGAUUCAUAAUGGCCGUCAUAUGCAACCGCAAGACCCGGACCUGCCUCAGCACCGCACUGCAGUACGCGUAUAAUCGCGAGACCUUCGGGAAGCCCCUUGUGUAUCACCAAAUCAUCCGACACAAAAUCAUCACGCUGGCUAGGGAAGUCGAAUCGCACUGGGCAUGGUUGGAGCAGAUCGCAUACCACAUUCAAAUCCAUGGAUGGCAAAGUGACGAUAUUGCGGGAAGAAUUGCUUUGGCAAAGGUGUCUGGGGGCAGGAUGUUGGAGCUAGCUGCGAGACAGGCCCAACAGGUGAUGGGCGGCGUUGCGUACCAAAAGCAUGGACCCGGCGGGGGAGGUCGGGUAGAACAGAUCACAAGGGACCUUCGAAUGAUGGUGGUUGGAGGUGGCUCCGAGGAGAUUAUCGCGGACUUAGCCUUCCGACAGGAGAUGAAGGCAGCGCAGAGGAAGUCGUCAAAGCUGUAA